AUGAGAGGAGAGGAAAACGUUUCCUCGGGCCAGACUGUGCAAGGAUUAAAAGAAAUUCUGGCCAUGCAGAUUGCGAUUCCUGUUGAGGAACAGAAACUGGUCUUCAAAGGAAAAGCUUUAGCGGAUGACAAACGGUUGAGUUUUUACAACGUUCAAGAGGGAGACAGGUUGUUCCUUUUCACCAAGAAGUCUGAUAAAGCUGGUACCCCCUCUCCUGGGAAUGUUCCAAAAUUUGCUGCAGACCUCUUAUGUUGUACCACCACUGCCCUCUGGGACAAAUUAAGAGUUUUCUUACAGAGACAUUUCACACCACAGGAUGUAGAGAAGGUCCUUAUUGAAUUCCAGAAAGACUUCAAUUCCAGGAUACAGAAAUUAAGUUUAGAUGACAUUGAACGAUUUGCCAUUACCAAGCUAAGACAAACAAAUGGAAUUGCUGAAGUCAGCUAGGAAUGAAUAAUUGGACAAGCUGCCAAACUUUUUUAUCUGUGAUUUUUAAAUCAGAUAAUAUGUCUUAAUAAUUUAAGGGAGAAAAAAUUCUACUCUGGUUUUACUUGCAAUUUGCUUCUGAGAC